GAGCUGGACGUAAACACAGCGGCAGUUGCAGCCGCAGCACCAUCGUCAGAGAGCCGCUUACAGCACAGUGACGUUUGGGAGGAAACAACGCCAAAACACGAACAGCUUUCGGCUGCUUUUUCCACGUCGCUCGCCGCUUAAUUGAAGCAUUUCUCUCCGACUUCAGCUACAGUGAUAGCUAAGUUUGGAGAGGCGGAAAAGGAGAGCAAGAGACGUCGCCUGAAAUUUUUUUUUCGCCCCUUCUUGGUGGUCUUAUUGUUGCCGAGCUCAGUAACACCAGGACAAAAAAAAAAGGUUUCAGAGUUUUUCUUCUCAAUCGAUUUUUAAACAUGGAAAAUUCCCGAGCCAAUAAGACAUGCUGUGAAUCCAUUCAAGAUUUCUUCACUUCAUCAAAAUUCCUAAUCUAUUUGGGACAUGCACUGUCCACUUGGGGUGACCGAAUGUGGAACUUCGCUGUGGCCGUGUUCCUGGUGGAGCUGUACGGCAACAGCUUGCUGCUCACCGCCGUGUACGGGCUGGUGGUGGCCGGCUCCGUGCUGCUGCUCGGCGCCAUCAUCGGCGACUGGGUGGACAGGAAUCCCCGACUCAAAGUGGCCCAGACGUCUUUGAUCGUGCAGAACAGUUGCGUCAUGACGUGCGGGAUUAUCCUCAUGGUGGUAUUCCAAUUCAAAGAGCAGCUCAUGGAGGUCUACAACGGAUGGCUGCUGACCGUCUGCUACAUUCUGGUGAUCAGCAUUGCCAACGUGGCCAACCUGGCCAGCACGGCCAUGUCCAUCACCAUCCAGAGGGACUGGGUGGUGGUGGUGGCGGGCCAGGACAGCAGCAAGUUGGCAGAUAUGAACGCGACGGUGCGGAUUAUCGAUCAGCUGACCAACAUCCUGGCCCCCAUGCUCGUGGGCCAGAUCAUGGCCUUCGGCUCGCACUUCAUCGGCUGCGGCUUCAUCUCGGGUUGGAACCUGUUCUCCAUGUUACUGGAGUACACGCUGCUGUGGAAGGUCUACCAGAAGACGCCGGCUCUGGCGGUCAAAGCUGGGCAGAAGGAGCAGCACGAGCAGGAGCUCAAACAACUCAGCCGUGCGAAAGAAUCCGAGACAGGCCAAAGUCCAGAGGAGUCCUCUCAACCCCUCAUGAACGCAAUCGUACCGGCGGUCAAGACGGAGCCCCCCAAAGAGAGAGGGUGCUGCUACCAGGCGACGGAACCCCUGCGCACCCUCAAGGCCGGCUGGAAGGCGUACUACAACCAGAGCAUCUUCUUCGCCGGCAUGUCCCUGGCCUUCCUCUACAUGACCGUGCUGGGAUUCGACUGCAUCACGACCGGCUACGCCUACACGCAGGGCCUCAACGGCUCCAUCCUCAGCCUCCUGAUGGGCGCCUCGGCCGUGUCGGGCAUCUGCGGAACGGUGGCUUUCACGUGGGUCCGAAAGACGUGCGGCCUGAUCCGGACCGGCUUCAUCUCCGGCGUGGCGCAGCUCUCCUGCCUCAUGCUGUGCGUCUUCUCCGUCUUCGCUCCGGGGAGCCCCUUGGAUCUCAGCGUUUCACCCUUCCAGGACCUCUACCCCCACCUGGUCGGGGAGAAGGCGCUACCCGAGGCCGAGCACCUGAUGAGCGUCCUUUCCGGUGGGAACGUGACCGCCACCAGCGCGCCGGCCGAAGAUCUCCCCGGCCCGACGUCCUACAUGUCUGUUAGCUUGCUGUUUGCUGGCGUCAUUGCUGCGAGAGUCGGCUUGUGGUCCUUUGACCUGACGGUGACUCAGCUGAUCCAGGAGAACGUGAUCGAGUCGGAGCGAGGCGUGAUCAACGGCGUCCAGAACUCCAUGAAUUACCUCUUGGACCUGCUGCACUUCAUCAUGGUGAUCCUGGCGCCCAAUCCGGAGGCCUUCGGCUUGCUGGUCAUUAUCUCGGUGUCGUUCGUGGCGGCGGGCCACGUCAUGUACUUUUACUUCGCCUUCAAGAGUCUCGGCCAUCGUCUGUUCCUCUGCUGCUCGCCGGAGCAAAAGGUCGAGGCGGAGGGCAGCCCCUCGCCUCCCAAUGUGGUCUAAACCGCCUUUCGCACAGGCCAUCACUGGCAUGUCCAUCCAGCUUGGUAUCCAUACACGGCAAGCGUCUCUUACAGCCUACUUCAGCGUUACUAACGUCUUCACAUGUAGCCAGUCGAGUGCGAAAGCUUGCGAUGGAAGCAUUUUGCAAUGUGUACCAAUCCAAAGUUGAAGUUGAGGCAAAGCAGAGGUUUCUCUUAUCUCUCCUGUUAUGGUCGCGUCUUGGAUAAACACAAAAUGGGUCAAUGGGACUCGCUCCGUAUUUGAAAGAAAAAAAAAAAGAUGGGGGCGUGGUUUGCAUGGGUCAAUGUGACCUUCAAAAUUGCACGACGGUUGGUCGAGUUAGUGCAAGAUAACAAAGGCAUUUAAUGGGCUAAAAAGAGCGGGAAAAGACUUAUGGGUCAACUUGACCCAUAAAAACCAAACAGAUUUGUACUUUGGCUCAUGUAAGUCCUUUUUUGGAUGGACUUAUUUUGUUUUACUGUAAGAGUAAUAAUUGUUUUGUUUUUUUUGUUUUUAAUGGAUACGGAAAUUCAAAUCAAAUUUGGCUUUGGACAUUUAAAAAAAAAAGUCUGUUUUUUUUUUACAAUUAAACAAAGUAGGUUGCAUUGGCCCCAAGAACAAAACCUAACAGGAGGGUUAACACAUUCAACAUUGCAGUGAUGUCAUUGGUGCUUCAAGUGUCUUCGUUGUCGUCCUGCGUUAGCUGACACAGGUUGGGAUAUGUAUAUAGAUUUUUUUUUUUUUAUUACUUUCACCAAACAGCAGCAACACCCGGAUCUCAAGUCUUUUUUUUUUUUUUUUUUUUAAACGUGAUAAAAGCGUUAUGCAGAGGACGGUAUUUAUUCAGGAAAAUGUGUCAGCAAUAUUACACUUAGCCGGGGAGAAAUAAAAACCUAUCCAGCUGCGUCAAUAGCUCUCAUUUACCAAAGUCCGGGUUCAUAUGUGUGGUGUGAAAGGAAGAAGCGAGGGAAGCAUUCCACUUUUGCACCAGGUGACAAGAAAACAAAAAUAGUGGAUAUUUUUUACAAAUGUCAUUUCUGUUUACUUGUUCUUUCAAAUCCACCUCAAUUUCUGAUAUGCUGCAGUUCUUUCUCUGUGGACUUUUCUUUUCUCACUGGCCCAUCCGUGAUUGUUGUUAUGCCAGCACUUUACAUGACUGACCUCAGGCAUUACACCUAAUGUCUGAUCGGAGGUUUUUUUUUUUUUUUGCACAAGUCCACGGGUUUUCGGUGUGGCUGGAAAAAAAGUGCAGAACUAUGUUCGCUAACGGUCCCUGUGAGGUAGGAGGUCUGAAUGUAGGCCAUGUUUGGCUUGGCUCUCCCCAAAUGUGGCUUCAAGGAUGCAGGAGCUGCAGUUUUUAGAAGGGGCGGGUAGCUCAAAACACAACUGUGCCGUUUUACGGAUAGUCGUUUAACGGCUUGAUUGGGGAAAUGGCAACGGCAUCUCAGCAAGGCAAAAAAACACUGACUGGCUCCAUCGUACGUCCUCGACAGCUACUCAACACCAGGUGGUUGGCCACCCAUGGUUUCUUUGUGGGAGGGAGCCACACCAGAUGCAGUAGAACGCAAGGCCAAUUUUUUUUUUUUUUUUGUGGGGAGUGUCCAAGUUGUGCAACCAAAGGCAAACUUGCCUUAAGGAUGCAGCUCGGUUUUUCCAGUUCCUUACCAGACUCUGAUUGCUAAGCUCUUCGCCAUCAUUACGAAACAUCUUUUCUGUGUCGAUAACGAUUAACGUCAGUCGGAAUCCAUAUAUCCAGUUGGAAAAAAAAUUUUGAAAAAGUUUUGAAAUGUUUUUUAUGAUCCCUGUGUUGUCAAAUUGUUUAUUUUGAUCCAACUUCACUUAUAUGCAUGAAUCUGACACUGUAUAACGUAGUGCGUGUUUCAUCGAAUCAGAGAAAUUGUGCGUGUUUUUUGUUUUUUUUUCACUCCAUGAAUUGAGGAAACCGUUUGUAAUGGAAGAGGCAUCGAAAAUAAAGGACCUUCAAUUCUA